GCCGUUACUAGGCAACCGUUGGGGUUUCGGCUGCCAUAGCAACCAGCCGGCAGCCAGACGCCCGGUCCAGAUCCAGAGGUUUGUUUCUCGUCGCAGCUGCUGAGCCGGAUGGCGGCUGUUCAGAUCGACCCGACCCGGGCCCCGGUGGCCUUCGGGCGGUGGGCCCUGCCGCGGCUGGCCCGGGAGCUCCGGGACCCGGACCCGGUGACCCGGCGCCGCGCGCUGGCCACCCUGUGCGACCUGGUGCGCGAGCCGGAGCGGGCCUACGAGGCGGUGAGAGGAGGCUGUAUGGAGCAGCUGAAGCUUUUGCUGAGGGAUGAAGACUUGACCGUAAGAAGGAAAACCACUGAGCUGAUCCACCUGCUGACGGCACACAGCGUCGGCAGACAGGCCUUGCUGUGUGCCGGUGCUCUCUCUCCUCUCUCCGAGCUGCUGUAUGAAAGCGACGCCCCCUGCAGGCUGAACGUCCACCGAGCUCUGAACCGCCUGACGCUGCUGCCCGCAGGUGUGGAGGCGCUCCUGCCUCUGGUUCCCCGACUGCUACUGCUACUGCAAGAGGAGGAGGAGAACGAGGAGGAGGAGCGCGUGCUGCUCCUCUCCACGCUGGGCCGCUGCGUGCGCCUCGACGCGGCCUCGGCUCUGCUCUGCCGAGGAGUUUCUGUUCUGACUCGACAGCUCAGCCACAGCUCAGCCGCCGUGAGGAGGGAGGCCGCCGAGGCCCUGAACGCAGCCAGUGUGUCAGCACAGGGGAAGCGGGAGGUGUGUGAGGGGGCGGUCCUUCCUGUCCUGGUUGAGCUGCUGUCAGACGGCGACAUCGACGUCCAGGCCAACGCCGCCGCCGCCAUCAUGAACACGGCUGUCAUCACCGCCGGAAAGCGUCGGUGUCUGGAGCUCGGCGUCCUCCCUCUGCUCCUGGCUCUGCUGUCUGAGGAGGAGGAGGACGAGGGGAGGAGGAAGAGGAGGAAGGCGCUGCUCGUCUACUCCUUGCGGGCGCUCAGCUGCCUGGCCGAGCACCCGGCUGGCCGUCGCCUCCUGCUGCAGCAGCUCCCCCUGCUGAGCAGGAGGGGCGGGGAGGAGGAGGAGGAGCCGGAGAUCCGCCGCGCCGCCCAGACCGCCAUCCAAGUCGUCACCUGGAAGCCCUGAGGCACGCCCAGCUUCACAGUAACCGUCCCUCCACCUCACCACCUUUCACCUUUUUUCAUCAGUUUGGGUCCGUUUGACCCCAGGAAUUUAAAUCUCCAGAAAGCAAUUAUAAUAAAAAUUGUUCCCCAAGUUUAUGUGACAGGUGCUUUAUGUGUCUUGUUGAUGAUCUAAAUAUCCCUUUAAAUAAAACAUAACAGAGGAGAAUAUAUGGUGGUCAAUGGAAGUAAAUGCUAUGAAAUGAUCAUCGCAGUUAAUUGUAACUAUUUACAAAUAACUGGAGUCUUAAGACAUAUUUAAACUUUGUCGUUGGACACUUUUGACAGACAAAAACACAGAGCAAAUGGAUUUGUUUAUACCUAUUUGUACCUCAUGGAUUCCUGGAACCCCCGCAAGGACCAAUGGAACCUCCCCAGGGGCCUCUGGAACAUGGUCAAGUGCCCUAUAGAACUUCAUCGAAGAACCCUCAUACUUCCUCAAGCAUCCCUGAUCCCUUGAAGCUCAUCAAAGACUCCCUGAACUUCCCAAAACACAACUGAAACCUCCUUAAGGACCUCUAGAAGGUUCUCAAGGACCUAGAAAAGGAAAGACCUAGAACCCCGCUUCAGUGACCACUAGACUCCCAGGAACCCCUUGCAGACUUUAGGAAACUUCCUCAAAGACCCCUUUAAAAACUCUUUAAAGACCCCUGAAACAUCUUUAAAGACUCCUGGGACUACCACAAAGACUCUUGGAAUCUCCUUAAACAUCCCUGGAAUCUCUUCAGAGGCCCAUGGGACUUCCUCAAAGACUCGUGAAUCCUCCCUAAAGACUCCUGAACCCCCCCGAAAGACCUUAGGAACCUCAUCAAGCAGCCCUGGACCCUGCAGACCCUCAGUUAGAUGAUGUGUUGUGAUUGUGUGGAGCUGACUGAAGUUACUCCAGGUGGGCAGCUGACCUGACCACUGAAACCUCCUUAAGGGCCCUUAGAGCAUUGACAAGCACCCCUGGAAAGUCUUCAUUCAUCUCUAAAGACAUAGAUCUGUGGAAACCUCUCAGUUACUCCAAGAACCCCCUUGCAGACUAUAGGAAACCUCCUUAAAUAUCCAUUAAAACCUCUUUA